AUGGUUCUCGGCCUAAUCUCAUGUUCCCUUCUCCCUUUCGUCAAUAAUUUCUUCGACUACUGGUCCAACCAACUCUACGUCAGCUCUGUCGUCGCACAGAUUGUGGUUCGCCAACUAUGGAAUCCGCGGAGUUUACCACCACUGGGAGAAUCCACAAUGCUGCCACUAUGUUGCUCUUUCAAAUAA